AUGCUGGGACAAAUAAGAGAAGCGAGAAAGAGAAAAUCUUUUACAGCAUUUGCGUGUCUCUUUAAUAGUCCUGUCAGUGCUUUGGAAUCUGAGACGAAUGAAUGGAAAUCAACAGAAAUUAGUAUUCCAUCUGAACAAGAAACGAAUACGAGUCAGUAUGAGAAAUUGCUUGUAAUGCUUAUCCUUUUCCAUCCUUUUCUUAUUCUUGCUUUAUGUGUGCACGAUGUUGUUUCCCAUCCACUUUCGAGCGAAACAUCACGCACUUUCAGUCUUAUUUAUCUUAAAAUGGAAGACGUCUUUUGGUUGGAGAAGAAAAAGAAGAAGAAAAUAAAAUCGGGAGCGAACAACACGGAAACUGAUAUGAAUAUAUGA